GAGCGGCUCCGAGCCGAGGGAAGGGUCACGAACUCUGACCCCCCUCCCCAAAUACACAAACUCAGAAACCUUCCUGCCCUUACUCGAUCCCCUUCUUUUCAGCCUUCCGUGACUUCCGCUCCCCUAGCGCACCGCCCGCUCCCCGGGAGACGCCGCCGUCGGGUCCGUGCCCGAGGCGGGACAGCGCGGCGGAGGAGCCCCGGUGUUUUAGCAGUUGGAUCAUGGCAACCAUAGAAGAAAUUGCACAUCAAAUUAUUGAACAACAGAUGGGAGAGAUUGUUACAGAGCAGCAAAGUGGGCAAAAAAUCCAGAUUGUGACAGCCCUUGAUCAUAAUGCACAUGGCAAGCAGUUCAUUCUGGCAAAUCACGAUGGCUCCGCCGCGAGCAAGGUCAUCCUGGCCAGGCAAGAGUCUACUCCAGGGAAAGUUUUUCUCUCAUCUCCCGAUGCAGCAGGUGUCAACCAGUUGUUUUUUACAGCUCCUGAUCUGUCUACACCACACCUCCAGCUCUUAACAGAUAAUUCCUCGACAGACCAAGGGGCGAACAAGGUUUUUGAUCUUUGUGUGGUGUGUGGAGAUAAAGCAUCAGGACGUCAUUAUGGAGCAGUAACUUGUGAAGGCUGCAAAGGAUUUUUUAAAAGAAGCAUCAGAAAAAAUUUAGUGUACUCAUGUCGAGGAUCAAAGGACUGUAUUAUUAAUAAACAUCAUCGAAACCGCUGUCAGUACUGCAGAUUACAGAGAUGUAUUGCAUUUGGAAUGAAACAAGAUUCUGUUCAGUGUGAAAGAAAACCCAUUGAGGUAUCACGAGAAAAAUCUUCAAACUGUGCAGCUUCUACAGAAAAAAUCUACAUCCGCAAAGACCUUCGAAGUCCGUUGGCUGCAACUCCAACUUUUGUAACAGACAGUGAGGCUGCAAGGUCAACAGGACUGUUGGAUUCAGGAAUGUUUGUGAAUAUCCAUCAGUCUGGAAUAAAAACUGAGUCAGCUGUACUGAUGACACCAGACAAGGCUGAAUCCUGCCAGGGAGACCUCAGUACAUUGGCAAGCGUAGUUACAUCAUUAGCAAAUCUUGGAAAAACUAAAGACUUUUCUCUAAAUAAUAAUGAGAUGUCUGUGAUGGAAAACUUAAGUAAUGGUGAUACUUCUUUGUGUGACUUUCAUCAAGAAAUGCAAACCAACGGUGACGUUUCAAGGGCAUUUGAUACGCUUGCAAAAGCAUUCAAUCCUGGAGAGAACACACGUUAUCAGAACUCAGGAGAGGGCAUGGAAGGAAGUUUGCGUGUAAUUGCUGGAGAUUCAAGCAUAAAUUACAUUGAAAAAGAAGGCCCACUUCUCAGCGACUCACAUGUAGCUUUCAGGCUCACCAUGCCUUCUCCUAUGCCCGAGUACCUGAAUGUACACUACAUUGGAGAAUCUGCCUCCAGACUGCUGUUCUUAUCGAUGCACUGGGCACUUUCAAUUCCUUCUUUCCAGGCACUAGGGCAAGAAAACAGCAUAUCACUGGUGAAAGCUUAUUGGAAUGAACUCUUUACUCUUGGUCUUGCCCAGUGUUGGCAAGUAAUGAAUGUGGCAACUAUAUUAGCCACAUUUGUCAAUUGUCUUCACAGUAGCCUUCAACAAGAUAAAAUGUCAACAGAAAGGAGAAAAUUGUUGAUGGAACAUAUCUUCAAGCUACAGGAGUUCUGUAACAGCAUGGUUAAACUCUGCAUUGAUGGAUAUGAAUAUGCCUACCUAAAGGCAAUCGUACUCUUCAGUCCAGAUCAUCCAGGCCUAGAAAAUAUGGAGCAAAUUGAAAAAUUUCAGGAAAAGGCUUAUGUGGAAUUCCAAGAUUAUAUCACCAAAACAUAUCCAGAUGACACCUACAGGUUAUCCAGACUACUACUCAGAUUGCCAGCUUUGAGACUGAUGAAUGCUACAAUUACUGAAGAAUUGUUUUUCAAAGGACUCAUUGGCAAUGUACGAAUUGAUAGUGUCAUCCCACAUAUUUUAAAAAUGGAGCCUGCAGAUUAUAACUCUCAAAUAAUUGGUCAUAGCAUUUGAAAGCAGAGAGCCAAGUGCUAUAAACUGACUGUUCUUUCCUGAACACAAGAUACCAAAUCGAACUUACUGUUUCCAGAGUAUCUGGAAAUUUUGACUUUAAAAGAGUAACCAAAAUUCAAGGAAUUUUUAUUUAACUUCCUUGAAGAAUUUUUGAAGUGACUGGGCAUCCUUUUGUGUCUUAAUAAGUGAGUAAGAAAUGCUCUGAAUUUAUUGGUGGAGAUGACAUGUGAAGCUGUCACCUCUUCUUUAAACUAGGACUCUCAUCUAUUUUAAAAAACAAAUAAAUCAGUCGUUUUUCCCCUUGAAUUGUGUUCCAUUCCUAUUUAAAUUCAUUAUGAACUAGUACACUUUAAUAGUCCAGAAUCCCUGAGAAGUUACUUGGAUUUUACUCUUCUGUAAUAUGUUUUCAUUGCCAUAUCAAAAGAUUAUUUUAUUGCUCAAUGGUAUAAUAUUGUAAGUAUACAAAAUAAUUACGUAUAUAUUUUUUGUCUUUUGUAAACCUCACACUGUCCUUUAGUAUAUUCCACUCUCAUUGCUGGCAAUGAGACAUGGGUAAUUUGUGAUUUUAAGAUUUCCUAGUGUUGUACAUGAUUAGUUAUGAGCACUUUUUAUUUACAGGGCAGAAAAUUAUUUUGAAAAUGAAAGUUCAUAUUUUAGUGUUUUUUUAUUUGCUGCUGUAUUUUAUCUAAAAACUAGUAGUAGAGAUUAAAUACAAACUGCUUAGUAUUGCAAUAUAGGUAUUAAAAAUGUUAUUCUUCCAUCCCCCAAAAAGGACAUGACCUCUCCCUCUUUUCUGAUUUGUGUUGAUGCUUUCUGACCCUACCCUGGGUUUUAGCCAGUUUUUCUAGGUUAUGUUUAAAAGGUCACCCAAUUUACUAAAUAAUGGAUUUUUCACAGCCAAUUUUUUUCAAAAACAUAUAUUUGACAGUUGUUUUAAAGCACUUGGUAAUUAAAAAUCAGGGACUGUGUGCUGACUUUCUGCUUAAAGCAAGGGGGGAAGAUAGCCUUAAUAAUUGUAUAACUGUAUGAGAGUCAGCUUUAAUCUUUGUUACUGUUACAAUGAAGUCAUUUUAAAUUCCUUGGGUGUGUGUCUUCCACUGUGAUGUUUUCCUUAGCAAAUCUGAUCCUGUUAAAUCUUUUUGGCUCUGAUUUCAGGAUGAAUUAUUUUGGUGUGUCUGUUGACUUUUAAAACACAGAUAUGGAGUUCUUACAGUAAAUUUUCUACA